AUGACGAACCAGCCGCCGGAUUGUGACGCCCUCGUGUCGUUACCGACCGGCAGGACGGAGCUGGACGUGACUCUGGACCAGACGCUCGUGAUGCUGCAGCGAGCGCUCAAGAUGGCGAGCAGUGGAGCGCUAGACGAGGCUCUCCAGAUCAAAGCAGCGCAAGUGGCUACACUGGCUAUUCAGGUACAAAAGCGCUGCUCGGCGUCCAGGACUUGCAGGCCCUUUGACUUGCUGCAGCCUAGCCACGACGCUGCGGAAGAUUGGGUCACUACUACCAAGCAGCAAGCAGACGCGACGUCGCAGCCUUCGGUCUGGUCCGGGUUCUACAACAAGACGUUGCGGGAGCGUCUGGACGUGUUGGCGCUCAUGUACCCGCGGCUGAAGAGUCUUAAGUUACAGCAAGCAAAUGGCACGGAGACUGGUGUGGACAUGCUGCUGCUAUCGGAACCAGCAGCCAAACUCGGUGAACUGCCGCUGCGUACGGCGAAUCUCAUGAUUGAGAACUGUAUUGGCGUGCUGGGUGUUCCUCUUGGGCUUGGGCUUAAUUUUGUCAUUGACGGCAAGAGUUUGUCGAUCCCUAUGGCUGUUGAAGAGCCGUCGGUUGUGGCCGCAGCCUCAAGUGCCGCAAAGCUCGUGGCCAAUGCUGGUGGCGGCUUCCACACGUCGACAUCGGGAAAUGUCAUGACGUCUCAGAUCCAGCUCGUGGAUACAAAGGACAUUCCAGCUGCUAUUGACGCUAUCAAAUGCAAUCGGGAGCGACUGCUGUCGAUUGCUAACCGCACCCUUUGUCCCAACAUGAAGAAACGUGGUGGUGGUGCUGUGGACAUUUACUGCCGUGUAGUUAGUCAGGCUGCGCGCAGUGCUGCGACUGCCGCUGCUGGCAGCACGUGGUACACUCCGUGUGAUGAUGAGCUUGUGGUGAACGCUUCUGAGCCGCAGACGCAGUUUCUGGUCGUGCAUGUAGAUGUGGACGUGUGUGAAGCUAUGGGUGCCAAUGUUGUCAACACAGUCGCGGAGGGGUUGUCGGAAGAAGUCUCGGAGAUUACGCAAAGUCGUGCUGGCUUACGAAUUCUCACUAACCUAUGCAUGCAACGCCGUGCGCGAGCUGAGUUUGAGAUUCCUUUGCAAAAGCUGGGCUGGAAAGGAGUUGACGGCAGUGAUGUGGCAAAUCGCAUCAUUGAAGCUUACAAUUUUGCUGCAAUCGACCCGUACCGUGCAGUAACGAACAACAAGGGAAUCAUGAAUGGCGUCGAUGCUGUGGCUGUGGCUACCGGCCAGGAUUGGCGUGCGAUCGAGUCAGCUGCACAUUGCUACGCUAGUCGCUCGGGGCAAUACGCGUCGUUGUCACAUUAUGAAAUCGACAUGGCUCGCGACGGCACCGGGGAGCGCGUCCUUCGAGGCAGCUUAGAAAUGCCCAUCGCAGUGGGCUCAAAAGGCGGUGCGUUGAUGACUCACCCUGGUUACAUUGCGACUCACGCGAUUCUGCAGCAGCCGACGGCACGCAACCUGAGCGGCAUCAUCAUGAGUGUCGGGCUAGCGCAAAACUUUGCGGCAAUUCGCGCUGUCGCGGUCACAGGCAUACAGAAGGGUCACAUGGCUCUCCAUGCACGAAACAUCGCCGUCGCUGCUGGCGCGCCUAGCGAGCUCGUGUCGGAAGUGUGCAACUACAUGUUGCGGCGAAAGUCGAUAAAUGUGGAGACGGCGAAAGAGUACUUGCACGCUCAUGCGGUGUAUUCUGAGAUUCAGAGCAACUCGCCGCCAUCAUCUCCUGUUUCAGUGACGCUGCCGUCCAUGUUUUACGUGGAAAUCCCUGUCCCGGAGCUGGAGAGCACGGUCAGCUUGAACCUUGCAUUCGAGGCAAUUAACAAGCACCCACAGUACAUUGCCAUUAUGGCCCCGAACAGCGCUAAGAAGGGUGACAAGGCGCUGACGACGCUACAGCGACAGUUGCUGGGCGACAAAGGCUACAACCAGCUCGAAAAGAUGUUCACGUUUUUGGCCUCGAUGCGCUCCAUCGUUAUCCCCACAACCAACACCGAUAGUGGACUGCUGGUGUCCCGCUCGAACACGGGACUGCAGAACAAGCUCCAACUACUAUCCAUUCUUAUCAACAUCAUUUCGUACCGACUCAUGGAGGUGCGCCCACAAAAGGUGCGUAUGUUUAUACGGAAGCUCCUGGAGGCGAGCAACGGCUCUGCAAAAAGCGGCGUCCAUGCUGGCGAGAUGCACGAAUCGGGUGCCAAGUCUUUUCGCGAUUUGAUGGUGGAGAAUGUAGAGCCACGCGACGAGAUACUUUCCACGGGCUUGCCGCUAUUCCUCGCUCUAUGGCAAGUUCUGCACUACCAUAUCGAACAGGAAGUGCCGCACGAGCUGCUCCGGACCCGUCUAGUGAAGAAGCAGGCGGAACUGCUGAACAAUAUCGUCAGGAGCUAUGAGCUCGUCACGCCAUCCAACAACAAUGCCAAUUCGACGACCGCUGCAGGUCAACCGCUUGAGGAGGAAUUUCUCGAGUAUGUAGCCGUGCAAGCCACGCGCUGGCAAGCGACGUUGCUUCUGCUGAUCGACUUGCUGGCGCUGGCGUCAGAGCUGGUGACACCUGCGCGCUUGGACUUUCUUACUCGCAUUGGCGAGUACAUGGAAUGGGAAGGCUCGAUCGCGCACGACGUGGCACGGUACCAGCGCGACGCAACUGAACGAGUGCCGAACGCGUUCCUCUUUUGGCUUUCUCAGCGCGGCAUCCCGCAUUCGGAAAGCAAGCAGUACGCACGUGCAUUCCGUCGUGUUACCGACGCAUUAGCAGCUGACAAAUGGGACCAGUUGCUUCAGGAAGCUCGACGGGAUUCGGGAGCUGCAGCCACAUUCUCAUUGCCAGCGGUGGAACGCGUGAUCGGCCUCAUCCGUGAGAUCUACGGGGACCACAGCCGUGGUGUCCGUAAGGAAUCCUUUUAG